UUGUUUUACACUGUAGUCGCUCAUCACUAGAGGUAUCUAAGAAGUGGGGCAUGCUUGCACUUGUAAAUCAUUUAUUCAAGAUCUAUUUCAAGAUCAAUAAACUUCACUUGUGUAAGCCUCUUAUCAGAGCGAUAGACAGUGCACCCAUAAAAGACCAGUUUAAACUGGCUCAUCUGGUCACAUACAGAUACUUUGUUGGAAGGAAAGCAAUGUUUGAUAGUGAUUUCAAAGCUGCCGAUGAUUAUCUAUCAUUUGCAUUUGAACGCUGCAGCGUAUCUUGCAGUAAGAACAAAAGGGCAAUCCUGAUUUAUCUCAUACCAGUGAAAAUGCUUCUGGGCUACAUACCAAAAGAGGACUUGCUUCAUAAGUACAACCUGAACCAGUUUGUUGAUGUCGUUAAAUCUGUUAGGAUGGGAAAUCUUGCACUUUUAAACGAGACAUUAGAAAGACAACAGUCAGAAAUUAUGUACGAGGAAAUAUAUGGCUGUCAGAUUAGAGAAUUACGAUAUAGAUCCCGUGAUCCGACUGAGGUGAUUAUGUUUGUACGUUUUCACAGGGCUCUUCUUCUGAAAACUCAUCAGUUAUCUUUGGACGCGUUCGUUGUGGCCCUCAGAGCAAUGCAGGUUGAAGACAUCGACGUUACUGAGGUUGAGUGCAUCGUAGCAAACCUGAUAUACAUGGGUUAUAUUAAAGGCUACAUAUCUCACCAACACCAGAAACUGGUGGUCAGCAAACAGAAUCCAUUCCCAGCCUUAACUAGCUUCCUGUAGGUAGCCAGAACCUACGUUAGACCAGCGUCAAGUAAACUUGAUAUCCAACAUGCAUUCAAUCGCCUGGACAUUUCUCCAUUGCUGAAUCAUCCGGCGGAACAGGAUUAUGCUGGCACACAUUUGUUGAAGUACAUCAAAGCGCUAAAUGUUUUUCAGCUGAGCGUCAUUCACGGAAACUUUCAGAACAAAAGAUUUAGAAGGCGUGCAUGUUUAACGUGCCACCACUGUUAACAGUGCCAUUCUAGCAAAUGUGACCAAUCGUGUUGUAGGAAACGAGUAAUGACGGAAACUCCUUCCCUGUUCACAUUGUGUACAUACGUACUUCUUAAUAUUACCUUCGCAAUUUUCUCAUGCCUCUCGAUAUGUGUUUAUUUCUGCAGCAUACUUGUCUCAUUUCCUAAUUAACCCUUGACUUUAGGACACUUGUUCUAAUUUUGUGACAAAGUUGCACCUUGGUGAUGAGGCCACGAGGGCUAAAACAAACUCUAAAAUAAAUAUGUUAAAUUUUUGCCUUC